GCGACAAGUCCGAAAUUCAACGCGGGUCAACAUCUUGCCACUCAAAACAAUCGAUUCUGGGGGGUUUUGUGCCGACUGUUUUGAUGCAAAAGAAAAUUGUGAUGAACCAUCGUACUCUCACGCAUCCGUGAUGACCAACGUGGUCCAUCAGUGACCUAUUUUGUGGAGGGAAAGCUUGCAUAUCACAAGUAAACAACUCGAGUUAGCAGGCUAGCUAGCUAGCGCCUACCAGUUGUGCUGGGUCUGAAAUCGAAACCUAUGGCCGAGAUAUUGUGUUUCGUUUACCAUCUCUUGUAAGUGCGACGUUGUCUUUGAGUCUGGGCAAACGGUUUGGGAGAAUUUUAUUUUCGGACAGGAGAUUCGAGGGACACACUACGGGGAUGAGCUUCAAUUAGCUGACAUCACAAUAAACCUGAAUCAAGAAUGAUCAAAAGGAAGUUCGUGACGGCGGAGGAUCCGUCGAAGAAGAAGAAGCAGCGUCGAGAUGAAGCCAGCUCUGAUGAUGAGUCGGCCCAGCACACCACCAGCCAAGACUCCAGUCAGAGUGACUCGACGAGCGAUGCGGAGGAGCCCAGAGCCAGCUUCUCCAGGCACAGCCAGAGCCAGCAGGCGGACAGCCAGGCCGACUCUGCCGACAACAAGUUUGCCAUGUACAACAGCGUCUCCCAAAAGCUCAUGGCCAAAAUGGGUUUCCGUGAGGGCGAGGGUCUGGGUAAGUUUGGCCAGGGCCGGAAGGAGAUUGUGGAGGCGUCCACCCAGCGGGGCAGAAGGGGUCUGGGCCUGACGCUGAAGGGCUUCCAGGGAGAACUCAAUGUGGACUGGAGGGAUGAACCAGAGCCCAGUGCAACAGAGCAGGUGUCGUGGUUUCCAGAGUGCUCCACAGAGAUGCCAGACUCAGACGAGCUGAAAGAUUGGAUGCAUAUUGGAGACAGAAAGCUGAAGAUUGAAGAUGAGACAGAAUUCUGCUCAGAGGACCUUCUGCAUCUUGUUCUGCGCUGUAAGAGUGUGUUUGAUGAUUUGGAGGGAGAGGAGAUGAGGAGAGCACGCACCCGGUCCAACCCCUACGAAACCAUCAGAGGUGGCAUCUUCCUCAACAGAGCGGCAAUGAAGAUGGCAAACAUGGACCACGUGUUUGACUACAUGUUCACCAACCCAAAGGACUCACAAGGGAAACCCCUAACGCGAGACAAGGAGGGGGAGCUGUUAUAUUUCGGGGACGUGUGUGCGGGGCCGGGCGGCUUCUCGGAGUACGUGCUUUGGCGGAGGAAGUGGCACGCUAAAGGCUUUGGUAUGACCAUCAAGGGACCCAACGACUUCAAACUAGAGGACUUCUACGCUGCGCCCGGAGAGCUCUUCGAGCCAUACUAUGGUGAGGGAGGGGUGGAUGGUGACGGCGAUAUUACACGGCCAGAGAACAUCACGGCGUUCCGGAACUUUGUCCUGGAGAGCACGGAACGCAGAGGACUGCAUUUCCUGAUGGCUGACGGAGGCUUCUCUGUGGAGGGUCAGGAGAAUAUCCAGGAGAUCCUCAGCAAGCAGCUCCUCCUCUGCCAGUUCCUCACCGCACUCUCAGUGGUCCGGACAGGUGGCCAUUUUGUGUGCAAGACGUUUGACCUGUUCACGCCCUUCAGCGUGGGGCUGGUGUACCUGCUCUACCUCUGCUUCGACAGGGUCUCCCUCUUCAAGCCCAUCACCAGCCGGCCCGCCAACUCUGAGAGGUACAUUGUGUGUCAGGGCCUGAAGCCAGGUUCGGAUCCAGUGCGAGAAUACCUGUUCGCCGUCAACAUCAAGCUCAACCAGCUGCGACACAAAGACUCGGACGUGAACGAGGUGGUUCCCCUAGACAUCAUGAAAACAGACACAGACUUCUACCACCACAUGAUGCACGCCAAUGAGAGCCACUGUGCCGUGCAGGUGAAAGCCCUGGCUAAAAUUCAUGCUUUUGUACUAGACAAUACCCUGUCAGAAGCUCGUCAGGCUGACAUCCGCAAGGAGUGCCUCAAGGCCUGGGGGGUCCCUGACAAAGCCAGAGUAGCCCCAGGACCAUCAGAUCCCAAAAGCAAAUUCUACGAACUGAUGAAGGGCUCAGACAUCGAGUGGCUGUGUCUAAAGGCUACGCCCCUCACUGCCAACACCCUGGACAAGGUGGCGCACGUGCUCAACUACAGGUGCAUCGUGGGAGGAGGGGAGCAGCUCUUCCUGCUCUCACUUGGGAAGUCUCAGAUAUACACGUGUGACGGGAAGAUGCCUCUGCGCUGGAGGAAGCUGGAGACCGUCAACAAGCUGGAGCUGCCCAGGGACACACUACUCAGCGUGGAGAUCGUCCAGGAGCUCAAGGGAGAGGGAAAAGCCCAGCGGAGGAUAAACGCUGUGCAUGUUUUAGACGCGUUGGUGUUGAACGGGACAGAUGUGAGAGAGCAACACUUUAACGUUCGAAUCCAAAUGGUGGAGAAGUUUGUCAAGGCUGUGUCCAAACCCAGCAGACCCGACAUGAACCCCAUCAGGGUGAAGGAGGUGUACAGGCUGGAGGAGAUGGAGAAGAUCUUUGUCAGGCUGGAGAUGAAGGUGACCAAGGGCUCUGGAGGGAUGCCCCGGCUGUCCUACACCGGCCGCGAUGACCGCCACUUUCUACCCAGUGGCCUUCACAUCAUCAAAACAGUCAAUGACCCGUGGACAAUGGCUUACAGUAAAAGUUCAAAGAGGAAGUACUUCUACAACAAGACAACUAACACAUCGACCUAUGACCUUCCACCCGACUCUGUGGCCCCCUUCCAUGUCUGCCACAAGGAGCGCAUUUUCUGGGCAUGGGAGGAAGGGGUCAAGGUUCACGAUUCUCAGACAAGGGUGGACCCUGAGAAGCUCUCCAAAGACCACCUCCUGGAGUUCAUCCACCAACAUUACCAGCACUAAGCACACACACACACACACACAACAAUGUUCUCAUGUACAUAACACUUGUCCCAGGUUCACACAAGUGUACAAGCUCUCGACCCACUGGCACACCAACACAUUGACCUCAUACAAAGAUACACACACACACACACACACAGUCAGUAUACAUGUGUCCUCUGCGUGGAUUGCAGUGAACAACAGAAAUCUUAUUUACGUUAUUUAAACAUUUUAGGACAUGGGAUUCAAUUUCAACACUGCAUGUCGCUUUUUGCUCGUAACCACCCCCACCCCCGUUAACACACAAACCGCAUUAUGUGUGUGUGGGUGUCCGUCCACCUUUCUGUCUGUGUCUUGUCUGUCGGUCUGUCUCUGACUCUCCAUCCAUCUGUCAGAUGUCUUGCUGUGGCACUGUCUGCUUGGUGCGAUACCUAGGAGUUUCCUGGCCAGCCCAUAACAUGCUGUUGGCAUGCAGUGAUUAGUCACUAGAGUAGUGCCUUUGUGAAGGUGCAUUUACAAAGGACAGAGAGAGACAUUGAUCCACUGGAAAGCAGUGCAGAGACUUUUGGAUUGGCCGUCUUCUCUACUUCUGUUUUAGAGAUCCGAUUCCUUUGUGUGUGUUGUUUGCGCGCUUAUCUACGUACACCUGGUCUGCACUGUCAAUUUCAGUGGAGGGUGACCUGCUGGAAUAGACAGCAGAUUGUCUAUGAGCCAAGGUGUGUACGUGUGUGUUUAAUAUUUGUGUGCGUUUGUCCCUUCACUGUGCAUCUUUUCUCCGUGUGUCCCCCCCUUAUGGCCUUUGAUCUCGGUUUUACAUGGCGUGACUUCAUGAGCCUCCCUAAGCCUUCUUCUUCAUUAUUAUUACCGGUUCAGUUCAGUUCAUUUUUUAACCCACCUCGAUGGCCACCUACCUGAGUAAUAAUGGUACAUAUUAUUAAUUAGAGGUAAUCACUGAAGAAAUGGCACAGAAACUGGAGAGAACAAUUUUGUUAAACGUUUCCCUGUUUUUAUUUCCCUCAUGAGGGGGGUCUGUUGAUGCUGAAUGGAAGACGGUCCAUUUCAGAAGAGAAGGUGUAGUCCAGGACUUGAUAUGCAAGUCCAAUGGCAAAUAAACUUGCAUAAAAGA